CGGUUCCUUCCUCGAGCAUUUCAUUCCACUGCCUGGUCGACGCCGACAGGCAGGGCCGCCCGCACGAUGCCUCCCCUCCUUCUCCGCUCCCCAGCGCCGCCGUCCUCCGGUGUCCUCUGCCGGCGGCGGAAAAGCAUACGUGUGCGUGCGUCGUGGCAGGAGCUGGCGGGCGUGCUGGUGUUCUCCGCCGUCCCCUUCACCGCCGUCAAGGCCAUCGCCAACAGCCCCCUCGGCGCCAGCCUCCGGCGCCGCCUCGAGUCCAGGAAGGCCUUCGCCGCCGCCGAGGCAGACGCCCUCCGCGCCGCCGCCCGCGAGGCUCGCAGCUCCAGCUUUUGGUACGGGGGAGCUCGACCGCGGUGGCUCGGUCCUCUCCGGUACGACUACCCGGAGCACCUGGCCGGAGAGUUCCCCGGCGAUUACGGGUUCGAUAUAGCAGGUCUGGGCCGGGACCCCGUUGCUUUCGCCAACUACUUCAACUUUGAGAUUUUACAUUGUCGAUGGGCCAUGCUUGCUGCUCUUGGUGUUGUUGUUCCUGAGCUGUUAGAUCUAUUUGGGAUAGUGCAUUUUGUGGAGCCUGUGUGGUGGAAAGUUGGUUAUGCAAAACUUCAGGGUGAUACUCUUGAUUACCUUGGGAUUCCUGGGUUCCGAAUUGCUGGUGGUCAAGGCAUCAUCGUCAUUGCUAUCUGUCAAGCCCUUUUGAUGGUUGGGCCAGAAUAUGCGAGAUAUUGUGGGAUCGAGGCGCUAGAACCCUUGGGAAUAUAUCUUCCUGGGGACAUAAACUACCCAGGUGGAGCACUGUUCGACCCCUUGGGGCUGUCCAAAGACCCUGUUGCGUUUGAAGAACUCAAGGUGAAGGAGAUCAAGAAUGGUCGUCUGGCAAUGGUUGCAUGGAUCGGAUUCUACGCCCAGGCGGCUGUAACCGGCAAGGGCCCUGUGCAGAACCUCGUCGAGCACUUGUCGGAUCCACUCCGCAACAACAUUUUAUCCCCCUUCCUUUGAGUCAUUUUAACUGCUUAUGUAUGGCGUUUAUAUUGAUCAGUUUGUAGUUACUAGGAAAUUAAUAUAGUUAGCAAAUACUCCUCCGUCCCAUAAUAUAAGAGCGUCUUUUAUACUACACUAGUAUAAAAAACGCUCUUAUAUUAUAGGACGGAGGGAGUAGGUUACUGCGUACACAUGGCUAUAACAUCGUUGUACAGUUGUGGAGUUAUGGUCUUGUUCAGCAGAAAUUGUGGGUGCCCCAAAAUUACUGAAAAUGGGAGUUGUGGGCCUUGUGGUAACUAAAA